GUCCGAAGUUCAUGAAUUUAUUCCCUUUAAACUCUGUCUUAGUAAAUCAGAUGAUUGUCCCCUAGCAAAUACCCUGCUGGUGCACCACCUAAGCUACCUAGUUACUCGCAUUGUGCUCCGCCUCCAUGAAAGCUCCCAACUUGCUCGACUCUAGCGACUAUGGAGAACCGGAGCCCAAGGUAUCGCAUCCUCAGCUUCACAACUUCCAACGAGUGCGACAAGCCUCAAUGGUUCACUCUUGAGAUCCAACUUCACACCAGCCGCUACAGAAUAUCGGUUUCGCCAUCAAACUUUCGCAACUCGGCCGUUCGGUCCGACGAGUUCCAAAAGUAUUUUGCAUUUCUGCUCUCCGAAAACAACGGCGACAAUGAUUCCUCUGAGGAUAUGGAUGAAGAACAACUUGAAGGGGACGAACCUAGCCAAACCACCAUAGACGACUGCUUCGACUGGGCAGUCACCCCAUGUCUUGCUGAUUUUGAGUACCUCUCGCCUGCUCCACCACCAGCCGAGAGCGGACAGCUCACUCUAAGUCACUUUCUUGCCGCUACUUCUUUUGAGUGCGAUCUCACUGCAACCGACGAGGUGCUGGCUCCUGGGGAGAUAGAGCGCGUUGAAACGUACGAAGAUUGCUGGUCCUCCUCCCUGGGUUCUACGGAUGCCUUAGCUCCAAGUUCUACGGACCCAUGGACAACUUCCUUUCCGUCCUUCAGCCCUGCGGAUAUUGCAGUUAUCUGUGACGAUCCGGAUCACCCCCUUGACUCGAACCCAUCACAAGUCCGUAUCGGCCAGCAACAGUUCUAUUUUAAAGAGAGUAUGGACCUGGAUGAUGUGGUCACAAAGAAGGAAGUCGAGACAUACGAAAGGAUUGCCGCCGCUAACUUAGGACCCGGCGUUCGUAUAUCCCGCCUCCACGGCGUUGUUCAGAACGAGAUGAAACAGCUGGUCGGCUUAUUGUUGUAUCACAUCGAGGAGGAUACCCUUCUGACAUUUGCUGUGGGACCUGAGACCCCUGAUGCUUUGAAGGAUAGGUGGGCGCAGCAGAUCCAAGAUACCAUAGCUGCCCUCCACCAGGCUGGCAUUACUUGGGGAGAUGCCAAGCCCGACAAUAUUCUCGUCGAUAUUCAUGGCGAUGCAUGGAUAAUUGACUUUGGAGGCGGCCGAACGAAAGGAUGGGUUGAUUCCAGCAAGGCAGGGACAGUGGACGGGGAUCUGCAAGCCCUGGAACGAAUCUUGAAGUUUAUCGUGAGCGGUGGCGAUGACCACAUAGACUACUCGGAGGAAUAACUAGCAGUCUGUAUCGCGCUUAAUGUAACGGGCCCAACGAGUGUAUUGCACCUAGCUAGUGAUGGUCCUGGGAGCCGAAGAUAUUAUGAGGAUGGAGGUGGAGAGAGAUACUGUAUAUGACAGACAACCAGUGGGUUAGACAAAACAGUGAAGAUAAACAACACGG